AAACUAUCAACUCACACCUAUAUAUAUCCCAACUACAUUUUUUCUUUUUUUCUUUUUUUAAUAAAAUUAAAUCUCAUUGUAAGAAAAAGAAAAUGUCGAAGAAAAUGAAAAUGAUUCCAUCAAUAUUCAAGAACAGAGAUUCCAAGCUGCAACAAUGGCAGUGGCCGUUGUGCUACCACCACCCCAAGACACUCUCCUUUCGAGCAAUCCAAGACGACGACGCCGUUUUCAAGACGGUUAACUCCGUUUUCCUCGACACCUCCGACGGCGUCGAGACGCCGGAAUCUUGGUUCACCAACUCCGACGACUGCGCCAGCACUGCCAAUCUCUCCACCGACGGCGGCCAUUACUCCGACGACGCCACCACCAAGAACUCGUCGCUGGAGACUGUCAUAAGGGGGGUGCAGAGGUCGUCGGAGAGGCUGUUUUUCGAGCCCGGCGGCGACACCAGCUCCAUCCUCAUUAAAGAAUGCUCGGAGAAAACAACUACGGGAGACAACGAUGCCGCCGUUGACGGCGGCGGUGGGUGCUUGUUGCCGCUGCCGUACAAGGAGAGCGUGGCGGUGGCGAUGGAAUCGGAGGACCCGUAUCUGGAUUUCAAGAAAUCAAUGGCGGAGAUGGUGGAGAGCCAUGGCUUGGAGGAUUGGGAUUGCCUGGAGGAGCUGCUCCGGUGGUAUCUGAAGAUGAACGGAAAGAUCAACCAUGGCUUUAUAGUUGGGGCGUUCGUUGAUUUGCUCGUCGGAAUGGCGGCGGCUGACGCCGCCGCCGCGGGUAGUUCUUCUUCGACGGCGGCGGCGGUGUGUUGUUCUUCGGAUGAGACAGCGUACUCGUCGGCGGAUUCUUGUUUCUCUUCUCAUUCGUCGCCUCUUUCUCUUUCUCCGGCCGCCGGAGUUCGUCGUGAUGGUCAGAUGGGAAUUGAUGACCAAGGCGGUGACGUCAUAAUUGUACAAUCUAAUUAUCUUUAAUUUCAAUGCAUUUUCAUUUUUUUUUUUGAUUUAUAAAACAUUUUGGUUGUGUGUAUACAAAUACUACUAUACUUUGGUUCAAUUAAAGAGCAAAUUAUUAAUUAACUCUGGGAAUUAAAUCAAGAAUCUCAAAUAUUGAA